AGUGUCACACACCCACUCUACUCUCACACUGUCGCUCAUCACUACGCUGCCCGUCUGCUGGGGUGUCGGCUGCUGCCGCCACUCGUCCCACUCACUCCCACGCGCGCGCUCCCCACCCUGCUCGCCACAAUGCGCCGCUUCCCCCUCGCCGCCGCCGCCGCGGCGUUCCUGUUCGCCCUCCUUCCCCUGGCCGCCGCCGCCGCCACCUCCGGCGGCAAGGCGAAGGCGAAGGCUCCCGCGGCCCCUCCGGCGCCGCCCAACAUCACGGCGCUCAUGUCCAAGGGCGGGUGCAAGGCGUUCGCGUCGCUGGUGGAGGCUUCCCCCGACGCGCUGUCGACGUUCCGGUCGGCCGUGGAGGGCGGCGUGACGGCGUUCUGCCCCGCCGACGCCGCCUUGCGGCCGUUCAUGCCGAACUACCGGAACCUGAGCGCCGAUGGCCGGGCGUCGCUGCUGCUGUUCCAUGCGGUGCCCGUGUACUACACGCUGGCGGGGCUCAAGGCCAGCAACGGGCCCAUGAACACGCUCGCCACCGACGGCUCGUCCCGGAACUACAACUUCACGGUGCAGAACGUGGGCGACCAGGUGAGCAUCCGGACGGAGGCCUCCGGCGCCGCCGCCGCGCGGGUCCGGGCCACGGUCUACGACCGGGACCCCGUCGCCAUCUACGCCGUGGACGCGGUGCUGGAGCCCGUGGAGCUGUUCGACCCCGCCGGGGCCCCCGCGCCGGCGCCCGCCCCCGCGGCCAACGUGCCCAGGGCGUCCGGCAGGAGGGCGCGCCACCGGCCGCGGCACGUGGCGGACUCGCCCGGCCCGGCCGCCGACGACGACGCGGCGCCCGCUGACCAGAGGAAGAACGCCAAGAAGAACGCGGCGCCCGGCGCCCCCUGCCCGCGGUGGCUCGCCGCCGUGGCCGUCGCCGCGGCCGCCGCCUUGGUUUAGGGGAUUAAGCUGGUGAAUCCUCUUUUCUCGAGGCGGAUCUGCUUGAGUGUUGUCGGUGUUCAGAGCAUGUUUUUUUUUUGGGUGCUUCUCUUUGGAUGGAAACGCCAUGUUUUUUUUUGUUCUUCUCUCUCUUUACUCCAUUGCUGUUGUCAGUAGUAUGAAAGAUUGAUUUGGUCCGCGUCAAGUGUUCUGAAUUCGAAUCAGGGAGCUGUAAUCCAA